AUGCCGACGAAUACGGUUCCUACGCUGCCAGAUGAUAUAUUAGCCGGAGUAUAUGUCUGCAACGACAUCAACUGGAACGGUGCGUGCUCGCACAAGUUCACCAAACCAGGUGGUUCAGACCCUGACUGCGCGCAACUUUCUGGUCAAGAGUCAUCGCUUGGGCCGGAUCCGGGUUUCUUGUGCGAGUUCUUCACUGCACCUGUCUACUCUCCAUCAAUCGUCAUGAAGCUCACCAUCUCUCCGUUCGUGCUAUUAGCAGCUAUUGAUCAUGUCACCGCCGAACGGUUUCUCGGACGCGUUGACCCGGAUACUCGAGAACUUACGUGGCCCGGAACCGGCGUAUCCUUUACCUUCACAGGCUCCUCAGCUAGCAUAGGCAUCGAAGCCAUAACAGGUGCCAACAGUGCCGAGUUAACCAUCGAUGGUGUGGCGACUGUCAUCUCAGACGUUAAAGGGACCUCUAUCACGACACCCGCUGGCCUCCGGAACGGCAACCACACGGUCGAGUUGCGCAAACGAUCAGAGGCUCUCUUUGGCACUAUAUCUAUCGGCAAUAUCACCACAGACGGUACCUUCGGUCCGGACGUCUACUCUUCCCGCAAGAUACAAGUAAUCGGCGACUCCAUAACCGUAGGCUAUGGUCUCGAUGGUGUUAAUCCAUGCGUGAACACCGCCGCCAUAGAAAACAACCCCAAGACUUACGCUGCCCUGGCUGCCGACGCCUUGAAUGCCGACUACGACAUCAUCGCCUGGAGCGGCAUUGGUUUGACAAGAAACUACGUCUCACCAACUCCCGACACCAGCGACAUCAUGCCCCAGCGCUGGACCCGAUACGGCGCUCUCGACCCAUUGAACAGCUACACAUUCCCCGCAAAGGCCACACCAGACGCCGUGAUCAUCAAUCUCGGCACCAACGACUUUAGCUACCAAGCCGGCAUCCGGGGUCCAAUCGUCCCAGCAGAGUACACCGCCGCCAUGGUCAACUUCGUCAAGACAAUCAAGACACAUUACCCAGACGCUACAUUCUUUCUCCUGACUUCACCUAUGCUCAACGAUGGGUAUCCUGCCCAAGAUGCGCAGAAGACUACGCAGAGGGAUGCACUCAACGCUGCUAUUGCGCAACUUCAGAACAACACGAGCAUUAGCCUGGUUGACAUGCCGAGUCAAGGCUCGGAUGUUGGUUGUGAUUAUCAUCCUAAUGCUGCGACACACGCUGAGGGGGCGGAGAUUCUGGCCAAGGCUCUUGCUAGUGGGAUGGGUUGGUGA